AUGGCGAGCUUCUACUUGGCCGCCUCGGCGGCGUUCAUCUACUUUGCGAUCGACUUGACACUUUGGGUACUCCAGAUGGUUGUUGCUUACAACAGGGCCUCUAUGAUUACUACUGUGAUUGAAAUCCUGGAUGACAACGCACCGCUGCUGCUGUCACGAUGCCCCAGCUGGACCAUUCCCAUGGUCAACGAGCUGCGCGACACAUCCUGGGUCGGCUACUGCACCUUGGGGAUCUACUCCGCGGGGGCAGCUCUGAUCACCUUGGCGGGCUUCAGCUAUCAGCUCUCCAUUUGUGCUCCUGGUGGCUGCCCAAACACUCCCACCUUUGUGGUGCAUAUCCUGGCCGUCUUUUCUCUCUUCCUGUCUGGUAGUGCUCUUAUCUUUACCAACAUCGGCUUUGCACUGGAGUGGCAAAAUGAUGGCAAUCCCUUCUAUGGAGGAACCGAACCUCGUUCAUUUGAUGGAUAUUAUGAGAGCUCAUGCUUCGGCUAUGGUGGUUGUUCGGGCAGCUACGUCAACGUGGAGGCCGACAAAGACACCUGGUGUCCAACCGGAAUGUCGCCCCUCGCUGAUUCAGCUAUCACUCUGCAGACUUGCAGUGGCGUUGCUUUUGCCAUCACUUGGCCGAUCCUAUUGGUGGGCCUGCCUGUGUCCUGUUGCUGCGUCAAGGAUAUGACGCUUCGAUAUCUCGCUGUGACGCCUGCCCUUCUGGUCUCAAUCCUUGGCCUGGUGAUUGGUGGCAUUCAGUUCCCGAUGCUCUUGCCAUACAUCUUUGCCCAUGCACUUUGGCAGUAUGUACGGCUGCUGGUCAAUCGAAUUGCAGGAAUUGAUCAAGCAAAAGUUGACAAAGACUUCAAAGAACAGCGGAAUUCGGAUGACGUGGUGCCUGGGGUGAUUGGCGCUCCAUCUGGGGAUGGUGAUAUAGGCGUGGUGGAUGAUCAUGAAGAGACACUAGCAACAUCUAGCAACAGGGGCUACACCAACCUGCUGGAGCCGGAGAACUGGAGGCACACAGACAGCCGGGAGGACAUCACCAGUGCCGAGUUGCAACUGGCCAAGCGCUGUCAUGGCGCACACAUCGAGACCCUCUCCCAGGACAUCACCGAGGCUGCUUCCCACUACUUGCUCAUCCACUAUGAUGUGCCGUACUUUGACGUUGACAGCUUUCGCUUGAGUGUCACCGGCCUCGUGGAGAAGGAGCUCUCGGUGUCCUUGUCGGAGAUCAAGGGACGCCCUGCGAGCACGCAGGCCGUUCUCAUGGCUUGUGCUGGCACUGGUCGCAUGUCGACAAAGCACAGGUUUUGGACCCACGUGCCUUGGGGUGUAGACUCCUUCGGAUGCGCCAAAUGGACGGGCUGCAGCUUAGCCGAGCUUCUGCGGGAGGCGGGUCUCAAGGAUGGUGCCAAGCAGGUGAUCUUCACUGGUGCGGACAAAGGCGUCGAGGCAGGGAAGGUGCAGUACUACCAGCGCUCGCUGAGCGUGGAAGAUGCCCUGCGAGGACACGUCAUGUUGGUCUAUGAGAUGAAUGGGGAGCCCUUGAAGCCAGCGCACGGCUUCCCCUUGCGCCUCAUCGUCCCCGGCUGGUAUGGCAUGGCCUCGGUGAAAUGGCUCACCAAAAUUGAAGUGGUGGAAGGUCCUUGGUGGGGACAUCAGAUGGAGGCCUACAGCUUCCGCCGCGCGGCCAAUGACCCCGAGCGCGUGCCGCUCACGCAGCUGCCGGUGCGUGCGCUGAUGGCGCCGCCAGGUGUGCCAGACUUCUUCUCCCGGACUCGGGUCGUAGAGCCCGGGACGCAGCGCAUCACCGGGAAGGUUUGGGCUGGCGCUGUCGACAUUGAACGUGUGGAAGUGUCCUGCGAUCACGGCAAGACGUGGGCCCAAGCAACGCUGGAGGAGAAGAAUGGUGUCUUUGGAUGGGCCAACUGGUACUAUGAUUGGCAAACGCCUGGGGAAGGGAACUUCGUGCUGAUGUGCCGCGGCUUCGACAAGAAGGGCCGAAGCCAAGACCCCACCAGCGAUGAGGCAUUCAAUUGGACAGGCAUGGGUGACACCCAGCCACAGAUGGUCUACGUGAGGGUGGAUUCGAAGAUCCAAGACGUGGGAAACCAGAUCAAUCUCAUCCCGGAGACCCGUGCCGCCAAGAAGAGCCUGAAUGUGGCGACGACUGAUGGAAAGCCUUUGGCGACAGGUGCUUGUGAUGCCCUGUACAGACAACCAGGAAGCCAGUGA